CUUUAACUUUCAUUAGAUUGUAGAUAGCUUGCAAGAAUACAUAAAAAUGAAGAAUUUCUCUCGUUCAUGAUCAAUUCUUUCAUAUGCAGGUAACUUUUUUUAUCAUAACGUCCGAGAAUGAAGCAAUGUUUUAAUUCAGUGAUCAAGAAGAAACCAUACACGGAAAAGAAGGAUUCGACAAACGACUCGACCGUCGAAAUCCUAGACGAGUUUGAUAAAUGCGACAAAGAUCAGAAAAGUAUCAAGUCCAAUUAUGAAAAUGGAGUAAAACGGGGAUUAAAGCCAAGACAUCUCAGUAUGAUGGCACUGGCCGGCAUCAUUGGUCCCGGGCUGCUUGUUGGAUCAGGUGAAGCACUCGCAAGUGGAGGACCAGCAUCUUUGUUAAUUGGGUUUGCAAGUGUUGGAAUAAUAGCCUUUAGUGUUAUGCAAUCAUUGGGAGAAAUUACAACCAUGUAUCCAAGUGGAGGAUCCUUUACAGAGCUGUCAGAUCGCAUGGUAGAUAAAGCCUUUGGAGUUGCCGUUGGCUGGUAUUAUUUUAUCAACUGGGUAGCAGUUUUAGCAAAUGAGUACAACACAAUAACAAGUAUCUUUUUGUUUUGGAGUGAUAAAGUACCAAUUUGGGGGUACUUUCUCAUUUUUUGGGUUUUUUUCCUGUUAUUCCAACUCUUAGGAGUAGAAGCGUUUGGCGAAGCAGAGUUUUGGCUCGCUCUCUUGAAACUCUUAGGGCUUGUCAGUUACUUUAUCUUUUCCAUUGUUUAUGCCGCAGGAGGCUUGGUACAUCAGAAGGGAGCAUUGGGCUUUCGGUAUUGGCAUAACCCUGGACCGUUUGUAAAUGGGUUUCGGGGAGUUGCAUCGGUUUUCACGUAUUGUUCUGCGUACUAUUCUGGAUGCGAAUCUGUUGGCGUAGCUGCCACAGAAACAAAAAACCCUGAAGUCGCAGUACCCCGUGCUAUCCGACAAGUUUUUUGGCGUAUUCUUUUCGUUUAUAUUGGAUCUGCAUUCUUCUUUGGGCUUACUUGUCCUUCUAAUUCGCCAGGAUUGUCCGGAGGUUCUAGUCGCGCUCUAAAAAGUCCAAUGACAAUAGCUAUCCAAAAUGCUGGCUGGAAGGGAGGAGCUCAUCUAAUUAAUUCCUUUAUUUUUAUAACGAGUCUCUCUAGUGUAAACAGUGCAAUCUAUAUUGGAUCCCGUACUGUUCUCUUUAUGGCUCGGAAACGAAAAGCGCCUCGCUUUUUAGGCAAAGUACAUAAGCGCGGCGUACCGGUUUAUGCCAUCAUUUUCACAAAUUUAUUUGGCGCUUUGUCAUUGAUGAAUGUCAGUACCGGAGCGCAAAAAGCAUACAACUAUAUUGUGAAUUUGAGUGGUGUCUCAACCUUCCUGGUCUGGGGAUCUAUCUCAUUUAUACAUAUUCGGUUUCGACGUGCUUGGAAAGUUCAGGGGCACGAUGCUGAUGAGCUACCAUACAAAUCGUUUUGUUUUCCUUGGAAUGCUUAUUUUGGUUUAGCAGCCACUAUCUUUCUUGCAUUAAUUCAAGGGUGGACCACUCUUAGUCCUUUUAACGCAGGUAGUUUUAUUGAUUCAUAUAUUUUGCUCCCAUUAUUUCCUAUAGUUUAUUUUACAUACAAAUUCUUUGCGAAAACCCGGUUUUGGAGUCUUUCUGAAAUUGACCUCAACGUAAGUCAGCUGAACGAAAAGCCUGACCAAGAUUCAUCGACAAUGGAUGAUGAAAAAGUAUGGUGAAAAAUUUCUCAGAAUGAGUAUGCUCUUUAUAUAUGUGGGAAAAAAGAAUCAAACACUAUGGACCUAAUAAAUCUCCAAUGGAAUGGUAGGUAGGUGUAUAUAACGGACUCCUAAUGCUUAAAUAUUUAAUGUUUUUAAUAAAAUUUUCUUCAUAAUUAGCCUAUACCCUUUGUACAAGUAUGUAAUAAUAAAUGCAAGCAGA